AUGUCUUCUACUUCUACUGCAAAGAAAUCUAGCAAGAGGGAUGAGUAUACGUCGCAUGUUUGCACGGAAUGCCAGCGACGCAAGGUCAAAUGUUCUGGACAGUCACCAUGCCACAACUGUCUCGGCAGAGGUGCUGAAUGUAGCUAUCAGGAUGCAUCAAAUGGAUCUACAAAGAGGAAGCGAAAAAGAACAUCGUCAAGCACAAAUAAAAGACGCGCUGUUCCCUCCUCAAGUCUCUCCAUCUCUGCGUCAGAAGAGACCGCACUGCUCAAGGAGCAGCUUCAACGAUUGCAACAAGGACUGGAUACCUUGAUGAAGCAGCAAUCACUCAGCUUCGACUUUCUCAGUUCGCACAACACACCGCCACUCCCGAGCCAGACCAACAUUUCGGCAAACUCGCCAGAUGAUCCUCUCAUGCUUAACCAAUCCAUAGAAGUAUUUAAGCCACAGAGUACAUCACACGAUCUUGAACAAGAAUCGCCAAGCUGCUGUCAAGAUGGCCGUCAGCCCGUCGAGCUCACCUGUGCUGAGACCGACACUUUCGUCCCUGGGAACAAAUGGCUAAACCGAUUCGCCGUUGCUUCGCAAAUCUGCGAUCUACGCUCCAGUGUCGGUGCAGAUCCAUUUCCCUCCAACACAACCCCGUCAAAGAGCUGUACUGUUCUGCUUCCUUGCCCUAAGGACCUAACACGGGCAAUAAAGAUAGGCCUAGCUGGUAUAGACUGCUUCUUCCCUUCCAUCCACGGGACGAGGCUCGUAGAAGCGAUUUCACGGACCCUGGAGGCACUGCGCUACUAUUCUACGACUCAGUCUGUUGUCGUGACUGAGCCGCAUCACUUGGUCAUAUCGAUUGUUCUCGUCAUCGUCGCAGCUGGGCAGAACCUGGACGUUAGUGCCUGUCCCGAUCUGUAUCUUGACAAAGCGUGGCCUGGCUCAGAAGCGUAUUGGCAGAGUCGGAAGCUCGUGCAGCACUUUGAAGAAGGCGGUGAGCUGCAGAUAAACUGUGUCAUCUAUCACAUUGUCUCCGCGGCGUAUCUCUUAGCAGCAGAGAGAUUACGUCUUGCCUCGAACCACGUCCUCAACGGGCUUCAUUCCGCUGUCAGUUUAGGCUUAGGCCAAAGCCACGGCUUUCCUACAUCCUCAGAGGACUUUGUAGACCCCCUGGCAUUGUGGGUUACUCUAGACUUCCUCGACAAGCGCAUCACUCAGAAAUGCGGGAUCCCAUACUUUGUUGGGAACAGUCUUGGGCAUGUGGAUUUUGAACAUGAAACUAGCCCUCACAUCGACUUGAAGGACAAGACGUAUCUGAAAACCAUGUUCAGCCAUGCUAGACUCUGGGCAUCGGUAUGGGAUGGGUUUCUAGCUCCCAACGCACCGAUGGCGGGUGAUUGGUCAGUGGACGACACCAUUUUCAAAUCUCCCACCGAGCCUGAGGAUCGACGACGUCUUCUUGUUUUUCUGAGAUAUCAAUCUCUCAGACUGAGCAUCCGCCAAAAGACGCUGAGUUCCCCGGAGACAAAUGCUCGAAGGGCAGCAUCUUGCUUAAGAAUUUCUAUCGAGUCCUUGGAUGCAAUCGGCCAUUACCUGGACAACUGGGGCGCAAACCCGAAUGCUGGCUAUAUACUCACUUCUUCACUGGUCGAGUCCAUAUACUACCUAACCCUCGGACACCGUGAAGGUGUUUCCACGCUUGACGCUGAGGCACUUCCGCUCGCGCUCCGUCGAGCUGGCAGCAUGCUGGAAUCUCUGUCUGCCACGAUCAUGUCGGCAGCCAGAGCGUUCAAAGCUUUGCAAUGCGUGCUGGACUUUAAUUUCCACGAGUCACGGCCAGACUACGACCUCCUAUUCCCACUCGAGUGUUUUCCGGAGUCCAACAUGAAUUUUGGAAUGCCGGUUGAUCAAGUCGAGUGUCUCUCAAGUACAGAAACAUUUGAUUUUUCCAAGAGCUUCGACACGUUGAAUCCAAACCCGUUGACAGAAUCUAGCCUUGAGGUCAGCUCAGUAUUAGCUGAGAUGUUCAGUGAGAUAGAGGCUAGUUAG